AUGCCGGGUUCCUACGUCCCGCACGAGGUGCUUGGCCUCGCCAUUUUUGUUGAUUGCCUGAGUCUUGUCGCCACCAUCCUUGGCCUUCUUCUAUGUUUUAUGCUGUGGAACCAUGGCGAGCGAGUCUCCUACAUCUUGAUGCUUAGCACAUGCACUACCUUCGGGGCCAUUAUCGGACUGAUCCGUCACGUGGACUACACCCUGAACUGGAGAGACAUACAGAUACAACGCUUUCAACAUGAACAGCACUACAGCUACAGUCAGUCAGACGUGUUCAGAAAAGCUGACGUCGGAUGGCGUUUGGUGCUGAGCUGGAUCUCAAUAUUCACCUACAACGUCGACGCUCUUCUUGUGCUGUUCUGGUCAAUCGCCCUAUUCAUCGGCACCUGGGACAUCAGAAUGAAGUCUUCGAGCAGGAAGAUCAUGUCAGUCGCCUUCAAGGCGUCCGCUGUUAUCCUCCCCAUAGUCAUGUGCGUAGUUUGCAGCAGUGAGACUAUUCAGCAAGUCCCGGUGGCUUACCUGGUCCUCUUCAACUUUAUCAUGGCCACUUGUUUGACUAGCGGGUCCCUCCUGGUUAUUAUUGUGCUCCUGAAAUACCUGCAGAGCCGGAACCUCUUCACGCGCUUCUUUCCUAGAUCAAGCUCGAAGUCACCCUCAUUAGGUGGUGGUACUGUCACCAGCGUAGCAACAACACGCACUCAGACCGGCACCGACAAAUGGCUCAUUGUUAGAUUCAGUAUCAUCAUGAUUUGUCUCUUGGUCUUCGAAACAGCUCAGAUUGUCUACCAAAUCGUCAACUACGAGCGCAACCGACACGAUUCAAGUACCACAGCAACAUCGCCGGACUUUAGCGCUGAACAAGCAAAGAUCGAUGUAUCUCAGGAUAUUCCUGGCACCCUGCCUAGCAUCAUUGCUUUCUUGAUCUUCGGGACGACCGCCCCCUUCCGACGAAAAUACGCGCAGGCAGUCAAGACGGUUUUCUGUUGUACAUGGACGCAGAGGAAAAAGUCGAGGAAGGACCCUAUUCCGUGGAUGAUGUUGCAGCCCAGAACGGAGGGUCAGGCCUCGUGCGCCUCUUUCCCUGAGGGUAUGGACCUGGAGGGACAAGACAAGCCAGCAGAUGGAAUCCAGGUCCGGACCGAGAUUUCUACGUCAUCGGCAUCAAGUGAAACUACAACUGCGAGAAACACCAUUGACGAGAACUGCAGGCCGUCCAUCAAGGAUAGUGUCAAAAGGGUGUCAUUUGGAGGUACCACGCUGAGGUCGCAGGAAGAUCCCACGAGCCCUCCGUUAGCAUACAGCAACCCAAGCAGCAGAAGACCUUCCUCACCGACACGGAUGCAUCACCGGACACUCUCGCCAAUUCUAAGGGCCGGUAGCCAGCCGGGAAGCCCGGAUGCUCAAAUCAUUGGAUCGUGGGAAUGGUCUUCUCACAACCGCCAAGGGUCACUACCAUAUGGGCAACAGGACUCAUUGCCCAACAGUCGACGACCAUCAGCAUCUUUAGUGAGGCAACCGUCGAUAACCUCUGUCCAUUCACAGCGCUCCUGGACAAGCCCACCAUUGCCAGGCCGCGCACUUCCUUUACUUGCUGAAGUGGAUUCAGCGUACAACCGCCCCAGUGGCCCAACGCAUAAGCGGAUACCAUCUUCUCAACGGAGCCCGCGCUCAAGCAGGGAUGAUGACUCCUUGUACCAGCCGUCAAUGUCAUCUCCGAGGCUGGUGGAUGUACCGCCAGUUCCGCGUAUCCCUUCACCCGCAGACUGGCAAAGAGACUCGGCAACGACAAUUGGAAGCAUCCAGAUGAUUGCUGAUAUGCCAAGAGGUCCGGUCUCGCCUCAAGCGACCACCAUGUCCACCAUGCAGAGAGCAAGUGCGGACGAGUUCCGGCGCCCAGAACAUGGGGGAAGCGAGCGCCCCGGCUGGUUUUCGAAAUCGACAAGGGCCUCAUUCGAAACGGCGUCUGCAGCAUCCAAUCGCCCAUCUGCAGAGGGUAGUAUGGUCCCCACAACGGCGGCGCGGUCCGGAAACACCGCUACCAAUCUCGCUUCGGCUCCGGAUUUGAGUAUGCCAGGGAUGAGCAACCGUAGCGACACUAUCGCGGCACGGCGUCAGGUGCAGCGGAGCCGCUCGCACCACAGCCGCAAUGGAACUUUGCUCAGCAACAGCGAGAUGGAGAAUCUGAACCUUGCCGGCACCCCAUCACGUGGAUCCCCAGCUUCAUCUGUGGCAAGUCCCCCGAGCCAUCAACUGCCGGGAGGAUGGAUUUGA